CUUUAGUUUGCUGCACGUACUUCCGCGAUGAACACGUAUGAUUCGUUUCACGUGCAGUUCCGUUAUAUGUUCGGCGCACUGCCGGUUCUGAAAAUUAUCAAUAACCGCGUCCUGUCGGUUUAUUAAAAACGAUCACCUAUUUUUAGAGUAAAAGUGUUGGUAAUGCGACCAUUUGUAUGUGCGAUCAGUCGCUGAGGUGUCUGUGAACAAAUGGUUUUCUUUCUUUUCCUCACAAGUAUUUUCUGUACUGAUUGUGGUUUCCAGCAUCGCAGUACUAUUGAAUAAUAUUAAUUAUUAUUAACUGUCCAUGUGUUCGGGCGUUUUACGUACACGUUACUACUGUACACCUUACCAUUAGAUAUCGGGUUUUUGGAAAGGGUCGUUCGUCAUAGUAUUACAAUACUCCGUGUGAGAGCCGUUGCCGCUAUGGAAGAAUCACUGUUGUCAUUCGUAAUGCGCAAUGUGCCGGACGAAUGGGAGGACGUUCCAGUGUACAACAAAAGUUACGAGUUAUUCACGGUGCCUCCCGGGCUGUACUCCCGCGAAUAUCAGAAGGUCGAGCAGUUUUUUCACGGCAUAAAAAUCGGUCGCAUUCAAAGGGUUCAAAACCCGUUCCAGUACGGCCGGUACAUGCUGAGGCGUGAGAUGGUCCGAACUAAUUACGAAGAAAUUGUGUUUCACGGCGUCCACCGCGACGAUAUCGACACAGCGUUGAAGUUUAACUGCGAUUACAGGCGGUACACAAGAACACGAGUUGUAGCUCAUUCAGAUGGUCAACAUCCCUUGUUCUACAACUCCGUUUCCGAUUUACUCAACAAUGCGGGAUAUCACAUCAGUGACUUAAGAGUCUUGGUAUUAAGAAUAUUGACCAGAAAGCCAAAAACUCAAUGUGAUUACUAUAUCGAAUAUCUUGUGAGGUUUUAAUAUUUUUCUUCCUUGAAUUUUAAAAUGACUAUAAUAAGUAUUAAAAGUA